CGCCGCUGCCAAAAAUUGUUCGCGAGUUUGUCGGCAACAUCGAGACACGACAGACAUCGUGGCAUUGGUUCCGGUAGUAUCGGACACUUGUGCCGUCUGACGAGAGCAGGUGCUUGUUUUCAGCGGCCUGCCGACUUGCUCGAAUUUUAGUGCGUUCCCCGGCGAUCAACCUCCAUUGCACGACCAGCACUGCCCGCUAUGAGCAGGUAGCACAGCGCAGCGACGUCGAGCGCAAACUGGAUUUUGCCCUUCCAUUGCCCGAAUAACGCUUCUCCUGGUUGCUCUUGACGAAAAGACAUGGCGGUCGAAACAAGAACGCGGCGGCGCAAGGAGCAGCUGGUCGAUCAGCUGCCAAAGCGCUUCAAGGCGCUCAAGUUCGGGAUUCAAUCUCAUCAGGACAUAGUGAGCCAGGGUGUUCUUGAAGUCUCCGAUAACUUGCUCUACGAUGUUGAAAACCGGCGGACGGCUUUCCCUCACGGACCCCUCGACCCGCGCUUGGGUACAUCGAGUACGAAUAGAGAAAGCAAGUGCAGCACAUGUCACCUUGGCUUACAGGAAUGCCCUGGUCAUUUCGGUCACGUUCGCCUGCCCCUCCCCGUCUUUCACAUCGGCUACUUGAAGUACAUCCAAGCAACCCUGCAAAACAUCUGUAAGGACUGCGCGAGGGUUCUUCUCCAGGAGCCCGAACGGCGCCAGUUUCUGAAGGAAUUGCGGCGGCCUGGGAUUGACAACCUGCGACGUUCGGCGAUCCUGAAGAAGAUAAACGAGCAAUGCAGGAAGGCGAGGACGUGUCCGCACUGUGGCUCCAUACAAGGCGUGAUUCGAAAGCUGAGCGUCAUGAAGCUUGUACAUGACAAGUUUUCAGCCUACAACAAGUCCACGGCCCAGAAAAAGAUCCCUCCGGAGAGCAAAGUCGAGUUCGAUGCGUCCUUCGAACAAGCAAAGAAAUACACGCCAGAGCUGGAGAAGCACACAAAAAAGGCAAUGGAGGAUCUGAAUCCCCUCAGGGUCUUGAACCUCUUCAAGCAAAUAAGUCCAACCGACUGCGAGCUUCUUGGGUUGGACCCCUCCGAAGGCCGACCCGAGAUGUUCCUGUGGCAAUACGUGCCGGCGCCCCCCAUUUGCAUUAGGCCGUCCGUUGCACAGGAGAAUGCUAGUAAUGAAGACGACAUCACAAGCAAGCUUUCCGAAAUCAUCCUUUAUGCCGGUCAUCUGCGCGAGUCACUGAAGAAGGGAGUUGCGUUGCCCGUCAUCAUGGAGCAGUGGGAGUUCUUGCAGCUGCAGGUGGGCAUGUAUGUCAACAGCGAUGUACCGGGCCUUUAUCAACCUGGCUUUGGGAAGCCCAUCCGUGGAUUCUGUCAGCGUCUCAAGGGCAAACAGGGCAGGUUUCGUGGGAAUCUCUCGGGAAAGCGUGUCGACUUUUCUGGGAGAACCGUUAUCUCUCCAGACCCCAACUUGAGCAUCGAGCAGGUGGCAGUUCCCCAGCUGGUGGCCAAGAACCUGACGUACCCGGAGCGGGUAAACCACGCAAAUAUCGAGAAGCUCAGGGAGCGCGUCAUCAAUGGGCCGAAUAUUUGGCCCGGUGCUCAAGGCAUCAUCAAGAAGGAUGGCGCCAAGUACAAUCUCAAAAUCGGCACAGAGAGCCUUCGCCAGAAGCACGCCAGUAGUUUGGAAUUCGGGGAUGUUGUUGAGCGCCACCUGGAGGAUAACGACAUUGUUCUCUUCAACCGGCAACCGUCUUUGCACAAGCUCAGUAUCAUGAGCCAUCUCGUCAAGGUUCGGCCUUGGAGGACGUUUCGCCUCAAUGAGUGUGUGUGCACGCCGUACAACGCCGACUUCGACGGAGACGAAAUGAACCUGCAUGUUCCACAGACAGAGGAGGCAAGGGCGGAGGCAAUCAACCUGAUGGGUGUUAAAAACAACCUUAUCACACCCAAGAACGGAGAGCCCAUCAUUGCUGCCACGCAGGAUUUCAUCACUGCCGCUUAUCUGCUGAGCAGCAAGGACAGGUUCUUUGACCGCACGUCUUUCACCUACAUUUGUACUCAGAUGCUUCUUGGCGAUACUCACCUCGAGCUUCCGCCCCCUGCGAUCCUUAAGCCCAGAGCUCUGUGGACGGGCAAGCAGAUCUUCAAUGUUCUCAUGCGCCCCAACAAGGAGUCCCCUGUCCUGGUGAACCUUGAUGCGAAGAACAAGGUUUAUAAACCGAAGAAGGACGGUCAGAUCCCGGAUAUGGACAUUGACGACUCGUUUCUGGUGGUCCGCAACUCCGAGGUCAUGUGUGGGAGGAUGGACAAAUCGACGGUUGGAGGAGGCAAGAAGAACUCGGUCUUCUAUGUGAUCCUCCGUGAUUUUGGGCCAGACCAUGCGGCAGCUGCGAUGAACCGGCUGGCAAAGCUCUGCGCGAGAACGCUGACGCUGCGGGGCUUUUCGAUCGGUGUUGGCGAUGUCUGGCCGUCAACGUCUCUGACAAAGCACAAGGCCCGGCUCGUUGAGGAGGCGUACAAGAAGUGCGAUGAUCUCAUUGAGACUUACAGGCAAGGAAAGCUCGAAAAGGCUCCGGGUUGCAACCUCGAGGAAACGCUCGAAAACUCCAUCUCCGGUAUCCUCAGCAAAGUCCGGCAGCAGGCAGGUGAUUACUGCGUCAAUAAUUUGAGCAACAACAAUGCCCCACUGAUCAUGGCCAAGUCGGGCUCCAAGGGUUCCGACAUCAAUGUCGCCCAGAUGGUUGCUUGCGUCGGUCAGCAGAUUAUUGGUGGCAAGCGUGUGCCGGAUGGCUUCCAGGACCGCAGCUUGCCGCAUUUCCACAAGAACGCACGCCAGCCGCCGUCCAAGGGUUUCGUGCGGAACAGCUUCUACACCGGGCUGGUCCCGACCGAGUUUCUUUUCCAUGCAAUCUCCGGCAGAGAAGGCCUGGUUGACACAGCCGUCAAGACUGCAGAGACAGGUUACAUGUCUAGACGACUGAUGAAGUCAUUGGAAGAUCUCUCCACGCAAUACGAUGACACUGUUAGGACAUCAGAAGGUGGCAUUGUCCAGUUCCAGUACGGCGCCGACAGACUCGAUCCCGUCGACAUGGAGGGCGACGCCAAGCCGGUCGACUUUGCGAGGACGUGGAACCACGCCCAGAGCAUCACAUGGAGCAACUCGGAUACGUCAUUGCUGCCUCGGGAGAUCCACGCAUUGUGCAAGACGAUCCUGGACGAGGAGAGGAAGAAGUACGUCAGGCGACAUCUCGUCACGAACGAGGAAAUCCACUACGACGACGACAGGAUAGCGAAGAGCAUGGAUCACGACACUCUGAUCGCCAUUGACGAGCAUGAGAGUGCCAGAGUCUACCUCAAUACGAUCCAUGACUUUGUCAAGGAACGUGCCAUGAAACUCGCCAAGGCACGGAAGGCGGUUGGGCUGGAUCCAUGCCUUCCCGACGACAAGUCCAUGCAGGAGGCGCUCGAGAAGUGGCAGCCAGUGACGAAGGACAGUUCGAGCAUGGAUGUCGAUCCCCCCAACAAGCCUUCCAAGCCAUUCGAGUAUGUUCUCAAAGACUUGCGCCGAAAACUCGACGAAGAAAACGAGCUCGACGAAGCCUCUCGACAGGCCAGAAUAAUGGCGGCAGCCCAGGCUCAUGUCGACCGUGUUGCCAAGGUGUCGGAGCGCACCCUGCGCCAGUUUAUCCAGAUGUGUCUUCACAAGUACAAGAAGGCGCGGGUUGAGCCCGGCCAUGCCGUGGGUGCUGUCGGAGCGCAGUCGAUCGGCGAACCAGGCACACAAAUGACACUCAAGACUUUCCACUUUGCCGGUGUUGCGGGCAUGAGUAUCACACAGGGUGUGCCCCGUAUUAAGGAGAUUAUCAACGCUUCGAAACUCAUCAGCACGCCCGUCAUCACAUGCGAGCUGGAGAACAAAGUGGACCUCAAGGCUGCGCGGGUGGUCAAAGGCAGGAUCGAGAAGACAUACAUCUCGGACGUCAUCUCGUACAUUGACGACGAGUGGCUGCCGGAUGUAGCCAAGAUCGUCCUCCAAGUGGAUCUUCAGGCGCUCUCGGACAUGCAGUUGGGUAUCACGAUGAAGGACAUCGCCGAUGCGAUCGUGCGGGCGAAGAAGCUCAAGCUCAAGGUCGAGCCGGACGACCUGCGGAUCGGCGGCGACCGUGUCGAGGUUAUUAUUCGCAAUACUUGGCAAGACGCGACGGCGGCGCGCAAAGCCGCCCGUGUUCGUGCCGCAGCUAUUGAAAAGGGCCACUUCAUCUCGAGCACGCUGGACGAGUCAGCAGCGGAUUUCCAGCUUCGGGUCAACUUUCUCAAGCGCAUGCUCCCCCAAGUCGCCAUCUCGGGUUACCCGGAAGCCUCGCGAGCCAUCAUCCAGACGAGCGAAAAGAACGAACACAAGGUGCUUGUGGAAGGCUACGGGCUGCGGGCUUGCAUGACCACGGAGGGCGUUAUUGGGACCAAGUGUGUGACCAACUCGGUCAUGGAGUGUCGUGACGUUCUGGGCAUCGAAGCUGCGCGUGCCACCAUUGCUACGGAAAUCGGAUCCGUCAUGCGCGAGAUGAACAUCGACCCGCGUCAUAUGGAGCUGCUGGCCGACGUCAUGACGUACAAGGGCGAGAUCCUCGGUAUCACUCGGUUCGGCCUGGCCAAGAUGCGCGACAGCGUGCUCCAGCUCGCGUCGUUUGAAAAGACGCCCGAUCACCUGUUUGAUGCGGCCGCAGGAAUGAAGAAGGACCGCAUACAGGGAGUGAGUGAAUGCAUCAUCAUGGGCCAGAGCAUGUCGAUCGGCACAGGGGCGUUCCAGGUCGUCAGGAGACUAGGGAUACGGGACCACCAGGUUGCGCCUAAGCCGACGCUGUUUGAGGACGCGUGGAAGAAGGACGAGUCCAUCCGGCGGAAGAUGAGGCUGGAGAAGCGGAGGAGCGGGAUGGGCGGGAUGGAACAAGGGGGCAUGGUGGCUGUUGCUGCUGGAUAACAAGGAAACUUUAGGACCGGACGGGCUACACUAGAUAGAUAGUCAGGUACGGAAAAUUUGUGUUCCCUUCAAAAUAUCUUGGCGGGCUUUGUCUUUGCUCCUUUUUGCCAGGAGCAAGAAGCGUUGCGAGGCGAUCAAGAGAUCUCAG